CCCGAAGCUACCCCCAAGGACGACGCCGAUCACCGGCAGUCCUUCGUGUCCCAGCACUACGUGGAGCCGGUCAGGACCUCUCCGGAGCCGCGAUACAAGUCGGAAACCAGGAUAGAGCUGCCGGCGGACGGCUCGGAGAAGAACUCGGCGACCCCCAAGCUCAAUGGUGUUAACGGCAACGGCAACAACGACGCCAGCUUCCUCAACAGCAGCGUCGUCAGCGUGCCAAAUGACAGCAAGAAGGAGCAGGUCGAGGCCGUGAACCUGGAGCUGGUCUCGAUGAGGCCCUACACGGGGAACCUGCAGGCCAAGGGCCAGGAGGCCUGCGAGGUGCCUUCCGACCCCUACGAGGAGUACUUCGUCCCGGUGAACGAGCAUCGGAAGUACAUCAGGGGCGAGAAGCUCUACGUCACCAAGGACAAGAGGUCCAGGAGUUCCUACUGGAGGAGGAUGGCGUGCUGGGGAUUCGGGCUCCUGGUGCUGGCCGUCGCCGUCGUCAUCGCCAUCUUGGCUGCGACCGGCGUCAUCCUGACCCAAGAAGCUUCCCAACCCCUGGACAACAACGAGGACCACGCGAGUUCGCGUCAGCUGGGCGACGUGCUAACCGCCGGAAGUCAAGGGUACAUGAAGAAUCCCCCCUCGAGUCCUCCUCCAGAGACGUCCAGUUUCCCUCCAUGGCCGACGACGGACGAGUCGAUUUAUGCGACCGUUCCCAUGGCCCUGGAUGGGACGAUCAGGCUGGACGACCUUCGAUGGACGGCCGAACUGGCGGACCCCAAGUCGAGGGUGUACAGGGACGUCUCCGCCGAGAUAGAGGGGAACCUGAAGAACAUGCUAAAGACCGAUGAACACAUGGACACCGUGGUCAAGGUGUACGCCAUCGAUGAAAACGGGGAGGUCAGGUUUAGGAUAAGUCACCCGCCGGUCCCGAGCCCCGAAGAGGCCAAGAAGAGCAUCGAGGAGAUGCUGAAGAGGAACGACAACAUGGUCGGGAGGUAUCGCUCCAGUGGACUACAUGUUGGAAAUUUGUCCGAUGAGUGCGAACAAGGGAAACUCGGCUGCUCGGAUGGGUGCCAAUUUGACUAUUCUUCGGGGUCGUUCGUAUGCACCUGUUCCGCUGGGAAGCUGUUAGACGGAUCGGGGAAGAUGUGCCGGGACGAGAACGACUUGAGUAACGUCGACAUGGAGGAGGUCUUGUCGGAGUCGAGCACGGAGUCCAUGGAAGAGAUGGUGCAGGGUAGGAGCAGGAGUCCGGAUGCCUUUGAUCCUCUGCACUCGGAUCACUGGAUUCAUCGGCAUUCUGAGGAACGCGAUGAACCUGGGUCCGUGUUUGAUGGGGAUCGGCAUCAUCAUGUAGGGUCUAUUCCUGCGGAACCUGUUGAACCUGCUGAACCCAAGUCGGCUGCGGAACCUGAACCAUCCGCUGAGCCUGAACCGUCCGCUGAGCCUGAACCAUCUGCGGAGCCUGAACCAUCUGCCGAGCCUGAACCAUCCGCUGAACCAGAACCAUCCGUUGAACCAGAACCAUCCGUUGAACCAGAAUUACCUGCCGAGCCUAAGCCAGCAGAGGAACCAUCCUCAGAGCCUGAACCAGCUGCCGAACCUGCGCCUUCAGUCGAACCCGAACCUACACCAUCACCCUCAUCUGAACCGCCUACCGAACCUGCACCAUUAUCCUCACCUGAACCACCUGCCGAACCAACACCACCCCCAGAGCCCGAACCAGCUGCUGAAACGGAACCAUCCGCAGAGCCUGAACCUUCCUCUGCACCUGAACCAUCCGCCGAACCUGAACCAUCCACCGAACCAGUGCCAUCUCCUGAACCUGCACCAUCGGCAGACUCCGAAACGAAAAUGAUAUCCAUGGAACCUGUAACCGAAUCCAAACCCUCGAUGAACCCCGAAGAGACCCACUCCACAUCGUCCGAGUCUUCAUUGGAACCAAAAGCAGAACCCGAACCAUCUACGGAGACCGCACAAAUUGAACCUGAUCAUUCUAUCAUUCCCAAAAUAGAGCCCGAAAGUGUCGAUGAUUCGAAUACUCGCAAUAUGUCUGAUAAUCAUCAAAUAACCACGGAAUCGCAUUCGUCAUCGGCACAGUCAUCGACCGAAUCCAGCAUUUCGAUGGAAGCUGUUUUAAAUCCUGCCGAUUUGGGACCAUCAUCCGAGACCUCGAUGACGUCCGAAAAUUCGACAAAAAUCUCCAAUGAUGCUCAGGAGGAAGACAAAAUAUUAGAUGACUCCAAAUUUGUAUCACCGACUCCGAAUACGACAUCUGAUUUCGCAGUUCCGAUCGAUUUGAGGCCAGAAAUGGAAUCUUCACCUGAAACGACAGGCAGCCCAACGGAAUCGACAACCGAAGAUGCACCUGCAACGGUGAUCCCCCUGUCCUCUUCCGAGGGGACAACAAUUCCAUCCAUUGUUGCUACUGAUUUUGCAAUGCCUAAUGAUGAAUUCGACGAAUCCAAAGACGAAAAAUCGGGAAUAGCCAACACCGUUCACCCCGAAGUGAACUCUGAAGAGAGCGAUCCAAAUGUUGAAGAGCCGUCUACAACGCCCAUGGUUCAGCCUGAAGUGGAAAAGGACACCAUCGUAGAAAAUCUUUUGGAAAAAUCGCCCGAAAGUUCCAACUCGAACGCAACUCACAAGCUGGACGACGCGACCGAAUCGCUCCUCGAAAAAGUCGGGCAAAAUGUCGACGCAGCUACCGAGGAGGCGAGGAAAAAAUCCGAAGAGACGACGGAAUCGGAAUCGAAAAUCGAAUCUCAGCUCCCGUCCGAUUCCGCCACCAAAAUGGAUUUAAUGGAGACCAACGACACGGCGCCAUCGAGGAUGAAGUCGCAAGACCAGAACGACUCGAACGUCAUCGAGCACAUGCCAACGACAGUUUUCCCGAAACUGCCGAAAAAUAUCGCGGAUAACGUAGAGCCUCUGAUAGAUUCAACGGAGAAUGGAACCGAGCCAGAGAAACAGGGACCAACCCCAGGAGCUUCUUCGGACGAAGCAUUCGAAACGAUACCCCAGCUCACUCCUGAAGAGAGUGGCAAAAGUCAGUCAGAAACGAUCGAAAAGGACGAAAAACCGAAAAAAGAUGAAGAAUCGAGCGAGACGUUGACGGAACAUGUCCUCGUGCAAGAAAAUUCGGCAGAGAACUCGGAAGAAAAUUCAACGGACACCCUGACGAAUGUGGACGAAUUGGUUCCUGGUGCUGAUAUAAAUGCGUCAAAGGAUGAAGAGGUUAUCGAAGAGAAAGAAAAAACUAAGAGUGUCCAAGUUCCUCCUGACUCUUCAGGAAAGUGGUACGAAGCGACGACCGAGAAGGUGGAUAUUCCCGAUGAAAAGCACGUGGAAGACAUGUCGCCCUUCCUACCGGAUGUCCAUCGAGAGGAGACCCCGAAGAAGGCCCCACGACUGGACAAGGACGAGCAGGACGUGCCGAAUCCGUUCGAAGGCCACGUCGAAGACGUGAUCACUCAGAGUCCCGAAAAGACCAUCACCGAGGAGACCACGAUGAUCUGGAAAAGUCCUGACUUGGAUAACGAGGUCCACGUGGAUACCCUGAAGAGUCAGAAUGUUCUCCCUGGAAGUGAACUGAAAGAAAAUGAAGGCGUCACCGAGUCGCAAAAUUCGAGUUUGGGAGAUCUUAAAGAGGUAAACGAGACCAGCGAGGUUAAAUCAGAAGAUCAAAGUUCUGGUCCCAAGGACCCUGAAGAAGUGGCGGAAAAUGUCACUCAACAUCCUGGGGUAACCGACAAUCUCACUCCAGGGCGAAAUACGAGCGAGGAAGUUAAUUCACCGGAUGAUGACAAGGAUGACGAGAAACUGAAGGUGAUUCCUCUGGGUGGAGAACCGGCGCCCGUGGAGCAUGGCGAAGAACCUGAAAAGGAAACCACAAAGAGCGAAAUUCCCAGGACGUCUACAGAGGAUGUAAGGGUCACGAGUGCGACCACCGAGGCGACGACCAGAGAACCCGAAGAGGUGCGAAGUGUUGAGGAGAAGCUGAAGAAAUCGGCAGAGAACACGUUGGAGGACCAGUACAACGACAUUGCAGAUGAUAAUUCAUCGAAGGAGUUCCACCACGUGGAGAAUCUCUUCGAGGUCGGAAGUGGGAGUAAAAACGAGAGUGCAAAGGUUGAACAUCGCGAAGAUGUCGACGAAGAAGUUGAACAUCGGACUGAAAAUUCGGCUCCGAAGAGUGGGGACCAAAAUGGCACCGAAAGCGUGACGAGUUUCCCGGGGACUCCGGAGACUUCGACGCUGGUUAUGGAGACGAACUCGUCGACAUCGGAGAUUUCCGUACACCCCGAAGAAAAAGAGUCCAUUAUCAAUGUGACAUCGGUCAACGGAACUCAGGAAACAGGCUUGGAGGUGAAAAUGGAGGAUCCGAAGCUGACAACCGAGAUCCCAAUCCUGCCCAUCGAGAUCCAGCAGGAGAUCUUCACGGCAGUGCCCACUGUGACGGAAUCCUCGUCGGAAAUGUCUUCGGAUCUAACAGAGAAGACAUUGGUGGAGUCGGAAACUACGGAAAUAAAUUCUUCAACGAUAACUACGCAGACCUCCGUGAUCGAAAGUAAGACCACGGCGCAGGUCCCCAUUUUACCCGACGAGCUGCAGACCGAGAGCGAUGCCUCUUCGGGUUCCUCUUCAACUUCCAGUAUUGUCGAGGAUGGAAAGCGUAAUGCCACCGAAGGAGAAUCAGGAACUUCUUCUAAAAAUGAAGAAAACACAGGUAAUAACGAACCUAAAGGUGCAGAAGUGAGCGAAAAAUCGACUACCGAGGAGAACGUCGCCAGCUCUGCCGUCGUCGUCGAGACGAAGGUUGAAGAGGAUCUCGAAACUGAAAACGUCACGAGUGGAAUGAGAGAAGAGAAGAAAAAGGAGAAGCCGAAUGAAGAUGACGAAAUGAUAGACGACGCAACGAUGAGUCCAGAAAGCGAGUCUACGAUAAUGUCGUCCGUAGAAAAUGGGAGCAAAGGUUGGACGAGCACUUCGGACACGACCACGACGACGGAGGACAUCAGGCCCGUUUCCGAGGAUCUCAUCGACGACAUGGAGCCUCUGGAAUUCGACUACAAAACUCUGUUCUCCACGACGGACAGGACGAGGUCGAGCACGGAGCUGGACGAGUCCCAGGAAGAGGACUUGCGAGUGAUCCCGUUGGAGAAGAGUCAGGAGGCGAAGAAGAAGACGGUGGAAAAAAAACCCCUCGACAAGUAUAAGUACAAGAAAGAGAAGGAGCUGAACCUGGACGAUGAAGAGGGGAUCAUUCGAGAGAGCACGACUCUCGGGACGAUGAAUAUCCAGGAGGAAAAAGAGAAUUUCACGAAGGUCGACUCAACGUCGACGAACAGCCCCGAAGAGGGGACCGACGCUUCCUCGACUUCGGAACCAAAAAUCCCGGAAGUGACUUCAGAGCUCGAAAAAGUGGAGGUUCGAAAAUUCGAAGAUAACGAAAAGGGAAACGACACCCUUGAAGACACAUCCACCACGCGGAAGUACCCUACGUUCAUCCCCGUAUCCGAAGAGAUUGACGAAGAGGACGCGAAGAUGAUGACCACUCUUCUUCCUAAUAGGAUCUCGACGUCCUCGGAAGAACUUGAGAAAAAAUCUUCAGAUGAUCCUCCGGAGGUAACGACGCCCUUGAUCUCCGCGUCUUCUUCAUCCGAGGGAACCACGAAGAGGGCGGAUGCCGAGGAGUCCUCCACCUCAACGUCUACUUCCGAGGUUCCCGCAGAGAGCAAGACGGCCGAGGAGCCGCAGGCAUCCAUUGAAGUUCAGGAAAUGAGAGAUGCCGAAGAGCAAGGGGUAUCGAUGGGAGUGAUUUCCAAGGCAAGAUCGGAAGACUCCGAAAGUAUCGCCGACCCUGAUGACAUCCUUCGGAAGAUCCCAGGUCUGGUGUUCUCCAAAUGCACGACGGGUCAGUUUCAGUGCGUGAAUGGAACCUCCAGGGAAGGAGCUUACUGCGUCAACCUUUCCGACAAGUGCGACUCGGAGAACGACUGUUCCGAUGGGUCGGAUGAAUGGAACUGCGAGGAGGAAGGAUGUCCAGGGAAUUUCCAGUGUGCCAGUGGACAGUGUCUUCGAAGGCAUCUAGUCUGCAACGGAAUCAUCGACUGCGACGACGGCAGCGACGAGAAGGACUGCCAAAACUGGAAGUGUCAGUUCGAUGAGUUCCGAUGUCCCAACGGUCGGUGCAUCCCCGUGUUGUGGCAAUGCGACGGUCGUCCCGAUUGCGAGGACCACCGCGACGAGUACUCCUGUGCGGAGAGCUGCGGCAACGACGAGUACCUCUGUCCCACAGAAAAGUGGUGCAUUCCCCAAACCUGGCACUGCAAUGGAGUUCCCGAGUGCUCCCAAGGCGAGGACGAAAAGCUCUGCGACUGCGCCCUAGAUCAGUUCAAGUGCCAGACCGGAGGCUGCGUGCCUCUGGACCAAGUCUGCGAUGGGUUCGAGCACUGUCCGGACCGAUCCGACGAAUGGGACUGCCUCGUCGCGAACGUCACCACCUGGAGAAACGACUCCACGGACAUGGAGAAACAGGACGAAGGCAUCGGCGACGAGGAGCCAACCGCCAGGGCGACGGUGUUGAGGAUAAAGAUGCCCUUUGGGGAGAGACGUUCGGUCUGCUCCGAUGACUGGACAAAGGAGUUCAGCGACGCGUAUUGUCGAGCCCUGGGGUACUCCUUUUCGGUGAUGACAAGGUCGCUUGCUCCGGAAGAAAGUCCCCAGUUCCUGAGACUGAGGGCCGGGGCGACGCCCGGGAUUCCUCUCGUCAGAAACCUGGAGCCCGUGGAAGCGUGUCCAUCGGGCAAGAUCGUAGAGGUGUCCUGUCAAGAGUUCCCUUGCGGAUCUCACUACGCAGAGGGACCCACGGCCAGGCUAGUAGGAGGGACUCCUGCCGAAGAGGGUCAGUGGUCCAGCGUGGCUCUCCUUAAGGAACCAAAACACGGGGCCGCGUGCACUGCGAGUGUCUUGGGGCCUCUGCACGCCCUCGCCAGCUAUUCCUGCAUUCACAGGUACCGGCAGACCACCGGCUGGCAGCUCUUCACCGGCAGCGACUUACAAAAGCCACAUCAGGUUAAGAACAUCAUCCCCUACCCCCAGGUGAAAUACAACCAGUUCCUCUACAACGACGACAUCGCCCUGGUAGAACUCGCCGAGCCCCUAAUUUUCUCCAGGAACGUCAGUGCCGUCUGCUUGCCGAACCGUCCCUUCCAGCCAAGGCAACUGUGCGUCACGGCUGGUUGGGGCUUCCCCAUGAAUGGCGAAGUCAAUCUUCGGCAAUAUCUCAAGUUCCUCCCGGUACCUACGUACGAUUCGGCCGAAUGUAACGCAACGAGUCAUUAUGCAGGAUUUAUCACGAAGGACAACAUUUGCGCGAGGUUCACCGACACGGAUAAGGGUCCUUGCUACAAUGACGAAGGGGCUCCUUUGAUGUGCAUCAGCGAGUCCGGCAGGUGGGAAAUUCAGGGCCUUCUCAGUCAUCACAGCAGAUGUUCUCGAGGACACCCUGCGAUAUAUUCCAGCCUGGUGCCGGCUCUUCCUUGGUUGAGGCAUUCCGUUCCUGCCUUCCAAGUUCAAGUUUAAGAUUAAGUUUCAUCGGUCCGAGCGGCGUUCCAUAGGAAGUGCUAGGGAAGAUGGGACGGAGCUCGAAGGAGGAGUUCGAGGAAGGCAUCUCGGAGUUCCAGGAGGACCUUGAGGAUAUCCCGAAAAACUCCGUGACAUAUCUGUCUAUUCUUCUUAUGCCGUUUGCCUCGUCGUCAUAGUCCACCCCUUUGACGUUUCUUGUUCUUCCAGUCAAAGAUUUUCGUUCGAUGACGAUCAGGCAAUCGGGACGUAGAGUGGCAAUUGCGGUCACUCGCGUUCGAUUUGUUACUAAUGUUGAAGAGAAAUUUGUAAAUGGAUUUAAUUCAGCCUACGCGAUGUUCAGGUAUGUGAAAUUAAAUUUGUCGAUUGAAAAAGAUUAGUUCAUCUAAGGCGAAUCGUCGCGGAUGUUAUUUUACCUGAACGUCAGACAUUAUUUUGCUCCGACCAGUCUAAGUCUAAGAAAAUGUGAUGUAAAUAUUGUAUAAAGCACCUGUUUGAUACGGUCUAAAGGAUGUAUUAUUGCACAUUUAAUUAUCGAUUUAAGUACCACCUAACUUGCUACGUUUUUUAUGGAAGUACUCCAUUUAACUUGCGCGCGCGUUGCGUGUAGAUUUUAUGUAACAAUGGCAUUGUAAAAAAUCGAACAAGUUAGUUAAGGUGCUUCGAAAAAUGUGAAAUCUAAAUUGAACGAUUAACUCCUCGGAGUACGAUAUGGGUUCAUUCCGAAUUACGCGUAAGCACGGUUGCAAAUUAAUGGAGCCCUGUUUAAGUGUCAAUGUUCGCUAUGAUAAUUUGUCUGAGAAAUCCUGUGCAAGGAUUUCUGGAUCGAACAGUGGUACUAGGAUAUAGCGAUACGUAGAAUAAAUGUAUAUACACUGUACGACUAUUACAAUGAGAUAUAUUGUUAUGUUAUGAUACCGAAUAUAUAUGUACACGUAAACGUA